GGGAUCACAGGCGUGCGCCACCACGCCCGGCUAAGAGUGGGAAAGUUAAAAAAAAACCUUGAAAAAAAGCAGGGCUUAUUUUCUGCCCAGUGCUAGCAAUGAUCAAUAACUGAGUGGGGGUUGGGGAGCGAGCUGGCCAGAAGGAGUGACCAAAAGAAAGCAGAAUCUGGGCCCCGAGGGAGAUGGGUCCUCAGGACCUGGGCAGAGGCGCGUGGCCUUGGAGACAGGCAGAGAAUAAAGAGAGCUCCCACCUACUGUACGGUGCUCUAGGGGGAGUCACAAAGUACUUCAGACUGGGGAAGGACAGGGCGGGCGUACUUGAGGAAAUCAGAAUUUCAUCCUUUCCUUCUCUUUCCUCAGCUCAAGUCCUGUACUUCCUCUUCAGCCCAGAAUUCUCUUAAGGUGUCAAGUGAGGCUUUAAAAGGGCCCUGACCCCAUCCCCAGGGGAGGAAAUCACCCCAGAGUAGAACCAGCACAUAAAAUAGGGGUGUCUGUGGCUUCCAGAAGGGACCCCUUCCCUAAGACCUUUCUCUCCCCUCAAGUCCGGUACUAUUGGUGCCAGGCUCCCCAGUCUGACCCAGAUCUUCAAGCAACCAAUGGUUUCAAUUUUCCCUUCACAGUAAGUCAAAUAGUUCGCUGCCUGCUGCUCUCAAGGAAGAGGGGAAGGGCUUGGUGAGGAGGAAAUGAAGGGACCAACACCACCUCCUUUCCAUUCUCCUUCCAGCCAACCAGACUUCCAGAGACCACUGAUGGGAGGAGAGCUGGCUGCCAACUCCCCAGAGCUGGAGAGGAAAAGAACUGUAGGAGUCCCGGCCUGUGCACGUGGUACUAGGAAAUGAAACCUGUGACUUGGACUCCAUGGUAUCUGCCCUGGCCUUGGCUUUUUAUCUGACACAAACAACUGAAGCUGAGGAAGUCUUUAUACCAGUUUUAAAUAUAAAACGUUCUGAGCUACCUCUGCGAGGUGACAACGUCUUCUUCCUUCAGAAGGUUCAUAUUCCAGAGACCCUGUUGAUUUUCCGGGAUGAGAUUGACCUCUAUGCAUUGCACCAGGCUGGCCUACUCACCCUCAUUCUGGUCGACCAUCAUGUCUUACCCAAAAGUGAUGCAGCUCUGGAGGAGGCAGUAGCAGAGGUGAUUGACCAUCGACCCAUUGAGCAGAAACACUGUCCUCCCUGCCCUGUCUCUGUGGAGUUGGUGGGGUCCUGCGCUACCCUGGUGACUGAGAGGAUCCUGCAGGGGGCACCAGAGAUCCUGGACAGAGCGACUGCAGCCCUCCUGCAUGGAACCAUCAUCCUGGACUGUGUCAACAUGGACCUUAAAAUUGGAAAGGCAACCCCAAAGGACAAGAAGUAUGUGGAGAAGCUGGAGGCCCUCUUCCCAGAUCUGCCGGAAAGAGAUGAGAUCUUUGACUGCCUGCACAGGGCGAGGUUCGAUGUAUCAGGGCUGACCACUGAGCAGAUGCUGAGAAAGGACCAGAAGGUCAUCCACAGACCAGGCGUGAAGGCGGCCGUGAGCGCAGUGUACAUGGAUCUGGCGGCCUUCCUGCAGAGGCCUGACCUCCUCGCAGACCUCAGCGCUUUCUGCCAGGCUCACAGCUGCGACGUCCUGGUGGCCAUGACCAUCUUUUUCAACGCUCACAACGAGCCAGUGCGGCAGCUGGCUGUUUUCUGUCCCUGUGCUGCACUUCGAAUGAUGAUCUGUGGCACCCUGGAGCGCUCCCAUUCCCCGAUGCUGAAGCUGACCCCUUUCCCAAACACCCACCCCGACCUCCAAGCCUAUCUUCAAGGCAACACCCAGGUCUCAAGAAAGAAACUUCUGCCUCUGCUCCAGGAAGCCCUGUCAGCAUAUUCUGACUCCAUGAAGAUCCCAGCAGGGCAGCCUGAGACAGCGGGAGCAUCUGCGGAGCAGGUGGACAAGGGAUUGGUCAGGGAAGGUAACUCCCUGACUCCUGGACUGAGUCAAGAUGAAGAUGACCCCCCGCUGCCCCCCACGCCCAUGAACAGCUUGGUGGAUGAGUGCCCUCUGGACCAGGGGCUGCCCAAGCUCUCAGCUGAGGCCAUCUUUGAGAAGUGCAGUCAGAUCUCGCUGUCACAGUCUCCCACUGCUGCCGUGUCAAAGAAAUGACUCUUGGGAGGGGAUGGGGCGCAGGCAAGGUUGCUUGACCCACCCCAAAUGCAUGUGUUGAGAAGUUUGGAGAUUUCACUAUCGGGGUGCAGUACUGUCCUUGCGAAACUGGGAGGUGAAAGAUGGGAAAGGAAGCAGCUGCUGUAGGAAUGGCUUUCUGCCUUCUCCCUCCAGUCUCUACCAGUCAGACAGACAUUAUUUAAUUUAUUAUUUAAAUCUGCAUUGAUGUGUCUCUGUUUCAUUUGUCGGGGGGCACAGUGUAAUGUAACACACCCACAGUCCCAGGAGAGUGGGAAAAAAGAAUGUAACCCGCACAGUACCCUCAGUAAGGAUCUUGAACAGAACCAGUAUCUGUCAUGGAACCAGACAUUCACUAAUGGUCUCCUGGAAUUAAUUCUUCACUUACUUAUUUAAGUAUUUAUUGAAUACCUAUUUCAAGCUGGACAGAGGGUGGCUACACGUUAGAAACUCUCACUCACGUUUUCAGCCUUCCACAGAUUUCCAGGUCUCUGAAUCUUCUUCCUGGCCCCUGGUAUUGGAUGGAGAGAUGGCUGAAUUUCUAUUCUGUGCUUCUUGUGGCUGUUUCUGGGCUUGUUUGGGAACAGACUGAACCCCAUUACUUUCUGUCCCGAUCAGGUGGCCUAGCUUUCUGUUUCUUUGGGUUUCUUUGUCCCAGAGUCACAGAAAUCCUGAGGGCACCCUGAAAACCCCUGGUUCUUGAGAGUUGAGGAGCCACUCUUCCUAAAAAGAGAAAGAACCCUGAGUCUGUCCCUUGUUGUAGCAGGUCGAUGAAUUUCUUGUCCAUUUCUUUGAUCAUGUUAAAAGGAAGCGUGAGUUCUUGUACCGAUGCAUAACCUGUGUGUCUUCUGGCAAGAUGCUCGGCAUGUCUAGGUCUCACUGUCCCCAUCUGUAGAACAGGGUCUGGAUUAGAUGUUCCCUUGUAUGCUGUGAUCUGCCUAUGGCUGCCUUUUCUCUCUUAUGUUGGUCUGUAUUUUUCUUUCAUUUUCCCGGGAAUGCUCGGGGUCACUGGACUGUCCGUGUUUAUGUGUGAUUGUGCCAAGGGGAUAAGUCUCGUGUAGCAUGUAGAGGGCUAUGACUCAUACCACAGUGACCCCACGGAGAGCACCCCACCCACUUGUUCUGCAUGUGUAGUCUCCCCUUCCUCCCGCAGACCAGCGCGUUCCUCUCUUCCUGCCCCUUCUUAUUUCCCGACAAUCUCACCGAACAGUCAGGGGUGAUGGUUCGCGUUACGCCUUCCAGCGUGAGGGGGAGAAUCGGACUUCACUGUAACGCGAUGAUGCCUGUAGCCAUUUGAAAGGUAAAAAUAGUGGUGUGAUCACUGAACCAAAGGAAUUUAUGUUUUGUAACUUGGGUACUUUAUCUUGCAUUUUGUUAAAAAGUAUUAAAUACUUUUUCCUGUU